AUGAGAAUGGGAGGCAACCAGAAACUGAUGAACGAGAAAUUCCUCAUGAAAAUGAGGAAAAUCUUGGGGAUUAGCCUAGAGAACGAAGGUCACCUGCUAGGAAUCACCAACGUUCUUCCCGAACCCAUAGAGCGAAGGCUCGUACAGAUCCUAAUAGGAGAAAUACAACAAAUCACACUCAGGGGGAAAGAACAAAGCGUGAAGAAGCAACUGUCCAAAGAUUUCAAGAAACAGUUCCAGGCUGCUAGGGAUAGACGACCCGAAGCGGCCUCGCUAACCAAUAUAAAGCAGCAGUCAGGUGAGACACUUAAGGCAUACUUAAGUCGCUUUAGCACGGCUGCAGUUAGGGUUAGGAACUUGGAUGACAACACACAACUUACAUCCUUUCAGGCGGGGAUCAAUACUGAUCCAUCAACCGCAGGGGGCGAGCUGUGGGACGACUUACAAGGUCGUCUAGUAAAAAAUAUCAUUGAGUUCAACGAAAAGGCUCAAGUUGCCUUCGGCAAGCCUGAGCCCUUGAGGAAUGCGAGGAGAAAAAGAGAUCCUAAUAGGUAUUGUAAAUUCCAUAAGAAUAUUGGGCAUACGACUAAUGAAUGUCACCAAUUCAAAGAUGAGAUAGAAAGUCUCAUCGUUCGAGGUCACUUUAAACAGUACGUGGAAAGACAGGGCCAUGGAUACAACCAGCCCAGUCUGCCCAAUAACCCAAAUAACCAGGGGUUACAACCUUUUCCUGCUGAAGGGGUGGACAUCUUGGUUAUUUCGAAAGGGCCACAUAUCGCAGGGGAAAGUAAUAACGCCCAGAAAAGAUAUGUGAAAGAAAUAAAGAACGACCAGUCGGCAUUUGCCCCAGAACCUUCCAAGAAGGUGAAAACUGAGGAACCUCCAAUUAUAUUCACGGAGGAAGACGAGAAAAGCGUGAGAUAUCCUCACGUUGAUCCAUUGGUGAUUACCAUUCAACUCGUCAAUAAAAGGAUAAAGAGGGUGUUAAUAGACAACAGGAGCUCAGUAAAUAUCCUUCAUCAGGAAACUUUAAGGAAGAUGGGGCUCGAAAAGGCCAAAUUGAGGCCUGGUAUGGUGAACUUUGUGAAUUCACCGAAGACAGCAUUUCCAGACUUCGCAUAA